GCUGGUAUCGUCACGAAGCUCCAUCAACAGGGACUGCGACACACCCGGACCCUUGUUCCUCAGCAUGGCCCCACCAACCGACACAUGGGCGACCUUUGGCUCCCUGGCCUCUCCACCCACACCUGGAAUGGGCUCAGUGGUUCUGGACUUCACGAUGACUCAUCCCUACAACAGCAGCGGCAGCCCCGUCGGACUUUCUGCGCUCUCCGGCCCCGCCCAACAGAAGAUUUCCGAUCAUCGCGCAAGUUAUGGUACCCAUCACCCGCCGAAGGCCUUUCUUCCCUUCACUGCAGGUACGGAUGGUCUUCUUCAUGCUGACGCUUUGCGGUUUCUCUGGUACCUGGCGGAUCAUGC